AUGGACACAUGCAACUCUGACGGCGUGGUCCUCCUCCGCAUCCUAGGCCACCUCCUCCUCGCCGCGUGCCUAGUCUCGCUCCAUCUUGGGUCGGCCUCCCACAACAAGGUUCGCCUCGCCUGCCUGGACUGCUCCCUGGCUCCCUCGCCUCCCACGGCCCUAAUACCCACGCCGUUUGGAACCCCCAGCGGCGAGAGCAUCGUCGUUCUGGUCAGUGCACCCGCCUGUCCUCUCUCCCUGCGGCGACGGAAGGGGCAAGCAGGUCGCUUGUCGCAUUGCCGCACCGUUCCUCUCCGCGGCUCCGCCAUGGCAACCGCGAAGCCGGUGGCGCCGGUGCCGCUCACCCGAAUUCUCCCCCUGCACCCGCGACGCCGCUGGAGAGCCGAGUCUACCAGGGCCGCACCUCCUUCCAUCGCCUGCAGCGCCGACGCUGGUGGCGAGCUUCCUGCCCGGCUCCAGCCGAACGCGCGGCGGCCGCUCUGGCACGGCGGCGGGUUCAGCCUCGGCGUCGACCUGGGCGCCGCCCGCACGGGGCUCGCCGUAGGCCGGGGCAUCACCCAACCCCGCCCCCUCACUGUUCUGAAGCUGCGGGGGGAGAAGCUGGUGCUGAUGCUGCUCGAUGUGGCUCAGCAGCAGGAGGCGGACGAGCUCAUCGUCGGUCUGCCGGUCUCGGCAGAUGGGAGCGAGACGCCACAGUCCAACAAGGUGCGGAGCGUCGUCGGAAGGCUCGCCGUGCAAGCGGCCGACAGGGGCUUGAGGGUUUAUCUGCAGGACGAGCAUGGAACGUCAAUCGACGCCCUUGGCUACAUGAUCUCAACGGGUGUUAAAAGGUCUGCCCGCGACGUCAAAUCUGACGCUUAUGCUGCUGUGAUGAUUUUGGAGAGAUAUUUUUCUUCAUCGGGUCAAGGUGCUCAGAUUGUUCUCCCCAGGCAGCAAGAGCUACAGGACAAGUUAAUACUAAAAUUGAGCAAAUAUGCUGAAUUUUAGGAUAGCAUGUCUAAUUUUUCCAACUUACAACACAUUACCUUGUACUGGUAGAAUUUAGAUUGAACCAUUUUAUUUUGUGGCGUUAAACCCUGAAUAUAUAGUGCGAUCAGCUAGCUUCCGUUGUUUGUACAGUUGUACCAUCUCAUCGUCAGGUCUUAUAUGUGUCCUAGCUACAUAUCAUCUUCCACUUCCAGAUAUCUGUGUAUCUGAUUCAUAGCUCUGUAAUGUAUGUGUUGCUGUACUGUUAUCCACUUGAAAUUGGAUAUUCUGAGUAAUCAAAUCAGUGCUGUCCA